AUGAACAACAUGGGAAUAUCAUCGGAUAACAAUUCACUUCCUAUGAAUAAUUCACCAAGUGUUGCCGGCAAUAACAAUAAUAAUAAUGGUAACAAUGGUAAUUCUAUUAGACCGCCUAUUAUUAAGAAAUUAACAUCUAUUGUUACAAGUGGCGCAGAAUUACACGGUUCAUAUAUGAAUAGAAGUAGUUCGGCUCCUCCACAAGAAACACUCGAUGAACAACCAAAUACACCAACAAACACAAAUGCUAAUGAGCUCUAUAUUCGUUCUAAUCCUCAAUAUUAUGAUUAUUACUAUUCACACAAGAAUCUUAAUCCAAGACUUCCACCUCCAAUUCUUACUACUAGUUGGAGAAAGGAUGAGACUCAACCUCCAAGCUCACCUGGAGCUGUUGGUGAAGAAAAGAAGAGUAAACCAAGAUCAGUUUUGGAUCAAAUUCAACAAGAUUUUCCAAGAACACCUUCUCCAGUCUUCAAUCAAAUGAAUAAGGAUACAGCAGUCAUGUUUAACACAACUUCAAAUGGUGCUCAACAAGUUCUUCCACAAGAGUCUUCCACCUCUCAUCAUCAUUAUCCAAAGAUUCAACAACCUCAACCAAAGAAAGCUGGAAGAGGAGGUUACUAUGAAUCUAACAAUGAAAUGAUUGGAAAUAAUGUAAGGAAGGUUCCUUAUCCACAACACGGUUAUCAUCAAAACGCUGAUUUGGAUCAAGAGGAAGAACAAUUACAAGAACAAUUCCAACAUGUUAAUUUGAAUCAGCAACAACAACAACAAUGGAUGGGUUCUGCUGAUUAUCCUCCAAUGAUGUUUAAUGGACAACAACAACAAAUGGAAUAUUAUCAAAACUAUAAUAAGGUAGUAGUAAUGAGGGAUGGAAUGUAUACAAAUGCUCCAAAUAAUAUGAGAAAUCAAAUACCUCCUCAAAACGCACCACCAUAUUUUGGUGUUCCACCAUAUUAUGUUCAACCUUUUAUGGUUCAACCUCAAGGUUCACAUAUACCGGUUGAACAACAAAUGGUCUCUAAUAAUGUUCCAUAUGCUAAUCAAUUCCAUCAAAAUCAAUAUCCACAAUCACACCAUUAUCCUCCUCAAAAUAUUCAAAAGGUCGGAGGUCUUGUUAAUAAUGCUAAUACUUCACCAACCUCUGGUGGUAAUGUUAAUAAUCAACCAGUAAAUAGUAACUCUAAUUCGGCUCCAAACUCUAAUGGAGGCAAUAAGUCAGGAAGAGGUGAUAGAAACUCUGCAUCACAUGAUAACCAUUCAAGAAAAUCAAAGAAUCAUCAAAAUACAACUUCAGAACGUAGUGAACAACAAACUCAAAUGUCACCUCUCAUGGAUGAAUUCAAGAAUGGAAGAUCUGGCCGCAAGUUUGAACUUCAUGAUAUUGUUGGUCAUGUUGUGGAAUUCUCAAGAGAUCAACAUGGUUCCAGAUUCAUCCAACAAAAGUUAGAAAAGGCUUCAAAUAGUGAAAAGGAAUUAAUCUUUAAGGAAAUUCAACCAUAUGCCUUAUCAUUAAUGACUGACGUGUUUGGUAAUUAUGUUAUCCAAAAAUUCUUUGAAUUUGGUAAUGCUCCUCAAAAGAAGAAACUCUCAAAGGAAUUACAAGGAAAUGUCUUGAACUUGACCUUGCAAACCUAUGGUUGUAGAGUUAUUCAAAAGGCAUUGGAAGUUAUUGAUAAUGAUGAUAAGGAUACUGUUGUUAGUGAAUUAAAGGGUAAUGUAAUGAGGUGUGUACAAGAUCAAAAUGGUAAUCACGUCAUUCAAAAGUGUAUUGAACGUGUACCACCAAAGAUUAUUCAAUUCAUUGUCGAUGGAUUCAAAGGAAAAGUUUAUGAACAAGCUAUCCAUAAUUAUGGCUGCCGUGUCAUCCAACGUAUUUUGGAACAUUGUACAGAAGGUCAAACAGUCCCAAUUUUGCAAGAAAUUUUAGACAAUAUUUUGGCUUUGGUUGUCGAUCCAUACGGAAAUUAUGUUGUCCAACAUGUUCUCGAUCGUGGUAAACCAACUUUCAAGUCAUUGAUUAUUGCAGCCUUGAGUAAGAAGAUUCAAGAAUUGUCAAUCAAUAAGUUUGCUUCCAAUGUUAUUGAAAAAUGUUUCCAACAAGCCAAUAAGAAGGAACGUGACAAUAUGAUCACUGAACUCAUUGGAGAUAUCACAUCAAGAGAUAUUUCAGAGACUCCACUCUUUGCAAUGAUGAAAGAUCAAUUUGCAAACUAUGUCAUUCAAAAGAUUAUUGAAACUUGUGAUGCCAGUCAAAGAAAGACAAUUACUGAGGCUGUGAAACCACAUCAAGAAAAGAUCAAAAAGUUACCUUACGGAAAACAUAUUUUGAGCACCAUUGAAAAGGUCAAUGAACAACAAUUGUAAACAAAAGCUGUGUAAAAAGAAUGUAAACAAACAUCUAAACUAUAGCUAAGCUAUACUAAAUCGUGUAAAGGUAAAUUGUACAGGAGUAAUAAAUAAUG